AUAAAAUAGCACAUUUGAACGAUUUCUUAUGCUUUUCUAAAUUAGAACAUCGAUCACUACUUUCGUUUUGAAAAUGAUUCGUAUAGACAUUUUAUGUUUGUCUAAGUUUGUUUACAUAGAUGGAGGUACCCGGGAAGAAGCGUGACUCCGACCUUGACAAGUGUUCCGCUGACGCAACUGUCUUCUGCCAGCCGUGUGGAGAAGGCGGUAAACGUGCUGUGGCCCAGGGCUUCUGUCAGACCUGCGAGGAGUACAUGUGCGCUCCCUGUGUCGAAUACCAUAGGAGAUUAAAGAUGUCCAGGAACCAUAUUUUGCUUUCAAAAGAUAAGAUGCCAUCCUUCUACCAGUCAACGAAAAAAUCAGCUAUCGCCGACAAGGAGUAUUGUAACAACCAUCCGAUGGAGAUGAUCAAGUUUUAUUGCCCGACCCACGGAGCCCUUGGAUGUGAUGAUUGUGUCGUACUCGACCAUCGCAGCUGUAAAGUUGACUAUAUCGCCGAUGUGGCUAAAGAAUUCGUCACUGGAAAAGAAUUCAGAGAGCUGGAACCAUCGAUUAAACGAGUUGAAGAUCUUUUAUCCGCGUUCAUUAGUAACGUCAAGGAGAUUUUUGGCGAUGUCAAAAACCAGUCUAAGGUUGAGAUAGAUAAACUGAGGAAGUUCCGGGCAGAAAUAAACACAUACCUGGACCGGCGCGAGAAGGAGUUGCUCGACAACAUCGAGAAAAUCAAGACCGAGGAUGAGAACGUGUUGAUUGCACUUAAGACCGAUUGUGAAAUGAUGAAAACUGGACUUGAUGCCAUGAGGAAGGAAGUGACUUCCGGUGACGUCUCGGUGAACCAGCAGUACGUGGCGGCAAGGCGAGGCCGGAAGGAGCUACGGGGGAUUCGUGACGAGAUGGAGAAGAUAGUUGGUAGAAUGAAGGCCCGGAAGUAUCAGUUUACUAAGAACGUGGACACGGAGCGGCUGCUUGGAUCGAAAAUGGGCCUUGGAACACUGGACGUUGCGGGAGAGUUUCGAAAGAAUGUUCAAGUUCCUGACCGCUCUACUGUCACAUGGAAGAAUGAAGCAGACAUCAACGUCAGAGCGCCACAGGACCAGGAAACCUGCUAUAUUUCCGGCCUCGCCCUGCUCUCUCCUGGUCUCUUCCUUCUGACUGACUACGGUAACAACUGUGCCAAACUGGUGGACGUCACCACCCGCAACGUCACCUCCCGCAUCAAAAUACCACACUGUCCCUGGGAUGUAUGUGUGCUCCCUGAUAACCAGGCUGCAGUCACUCUCCCGGGUAAGUCUAUGAUACAACUGCUGUCUACGAAAGGAGGGAAGUUGUCGCGUGGAAAGAAAAUUAAAGUAUCAUCUGAUGGUCGUGGUAUUGCGUAUUACAACAAUAGAUUAUACGUGUCUUACGCAUCAAACGCGAGUAUUGAAAUUAUGACAUUGGAUGGACAUGUUAUCAGUACAUUUCAAAAAGAUGAUGGAAGACAUAUUUUCAAAUGCCCAUACUACCUGACUGUGUCAGCUUCCACACCACCGACCCUGUAUGUGUCUGACUGUACUGCACACAACGUCAUCCAGCUGUCUCUAGACGGGAAGGCCCUAAGAGAGUACAGUGACAAGAAGCUCAAAUAUCCCCUGUCCGUAGUGGCGGUAGGUCCUGGUCAGCUGCUAGUGUGUGGGUAUGGCAGCCACAACGUGAUGCUGCUGACAGAGAGGGACGGCAAGAUGACGGAAAUACUGGGAGAUAAGGACGGAGUGACAUAUCCCUACUCUGUGUCCUUCUGUCCCUACACACGUACGAUAGUUGUCGGAAUGUUGCGUAAUGACUCAUUAAUGAAGGUGUUUAGUGUAAACUGACACUGAUUCUUCUUAGUCAUGAUUGUUGUUUCUAAGGAAGAAAUAACCAUGCAUUAAAUAUUUUUAUAAACAACUGAAAGGUUAAUGCAAAAACAUUUAUUUUACAAUUUCAGCUUGCGGUUUUGAUUUGUUGUAACCUUGUGCUAUCAAACUGAACAACCAUUUAUAUUAAAUGUAUUUUGCAGUUAUAUCAUAACAUUUUUACAAGUAACUAUAAAGGAUAGUUUUAAUGAAAAUUUCCAAGUGUAAUUCCAGCUUCAAUUUGAAUAGACGGUAAAUAUUAUAAAAAUAUUUUAUACCUUCAAAUUUAAGGUAUCAAAUGAAAUGUACGAGUAUUUACAUUUAAAGAGUAUUUAUCUUGAGACGGUUGACUAAGUGAUUUUGCCUUUUAUAUUUUAAAUGUAUGUAAUAUUUCUUCAUUUAAACAUGGCUUGAAAAUAACCGAAGAUUUUACUUAAAUAUUUGAAUAAAAAAUGAUUAUAAACAAGUCUUGGAAGUGUCGGUUGAGAAAUCCUGUAAAUAUAUGUUAGCUGAUUGGGCUUUGUAUUUAUGUGAAAGAAUCACUCUGUGUUCUUAAUGUUUCGAUGUA